AUCUUAAUAUGAAUAAUAAUAAUAAAAUUAGAAAGAAAGGACAGAAAAAGAUCCUAAACCAAUGUGAAGUGAACUGGCUAGUCCGGUGACUCAUUGUAAAGUCUGUUUGAUUCCACUCUCUUCUUUAAUUAGAUAUGAAGGGUGCCAAGGGUAAAGGGGCUGCAAAAAGAGAUGCUUUGAAGCCUGUUGAUGACAGAAAAGUAGGGAAGAAAAAGGCUCCUGCUAAGGCAGCCAAGACGAAAGGUGGGAAAGCAGCUAAAGAUCCUAACAAGCCGAAGAGACCACCAAGUGCUUUCUUCGUUUUCCUUGAGGAGUUUAGAGUAACAUUCAAGAAAGAAAAUCCUAAUGUCAAGGCUGUGUCAGCAGUUGGGAAAGCUGGGGGCGAGAAGUGGAAAUCCAUGAGUGCAGCUGAAAAAGCUCCUUAUGAAGCCAAAGCUGCAAAAAGGAAAACCGAGUAUGAGAAAGUUAUGAAAGCGUACAAUAAGAAACAGGAGAGUGAAGCCGAUGAUGUUGAGGAGGAAUCUGAUAAGUCAAAGUCUGAAGUAGAUGAGGAAAGUGGGCAGGAAGAUGAUGAAGAAGAAGACGACGACGAUGAAGAUGAUGAUUGAAAUACCCAAAUGGUAUGUUGACAAGGGAGAUGUCAGAACAAACAUAGGCAUUGCUUGCCGGACACAUGUAUGUUUGGUAUUCAUGGUUGACUUGGGUUUGUGCUUUAGUGUAUGCUUCUUGACAAUUUGAUUUAGUUUCAAAGAAUGUUUAUUCCCCUUUUUUUUAAUUUAAUAAAUGUCUAUUUUACUAGGAA